AUGGAGCUCUUCGCCUCAAAAACCAAGGUGACGCCCCUCAAUAGCAAGCACUCUAUCGCUCGGCUUGAACUGUGCGCAGCUCAGUUGGCCAGCUUGCUAUUCGACCGAACUGUGGUACAUUGGCUACGAGCAUCACCGAACUCCUGGAAGCCAUAUGUUGCGAACCGGGUAUCGCAGGUGCAACAACUAACGGAGGGUUGCACGUGGCGUCACAUCGCAGGAGUCGACAAUCCUGCUGACCUUGCUUCCCGAGGAUGUUUGGGCAAAGAUCUCCUCUCCAGUACCCUAUGGUGGCAGGGUCCUUCCUGGAUGAGCCUGCCAGAAGAUCAAUGGCCUUCACCGCUGCUUGCGACACCAGAUCCUUCAGUGCAAGCAGAGCAACUGGGAGCUGACGGAAUCAUCCGGGUUGGAGGACGUUUAUCCAACUCACCGCUAGUGGAGGAUGUUAAGCAUCCACUAGUUGUUCCUGCCAGCUAUCCAUUCGCUCGUCUGCUGAUGGAACAUUUCCAUAAACACUUACUUCAUGCGGGACCAACUCUGAUGCUAAACACGUGCAGACAACGCUUCUGGAUCACAAGUGGCCGAAAUCUCACCCGGAAGGUAUUCCACCAGUGCCACACCUGCUUCCGCGCCCGACCAUCAUCGUCAGCAACUAUAAUAGCUGACCUGCCGGCUGUCCGAGUAACACCGGCCCUUCCUUUUUCGAUCACCGGGGUUGCCUACUGUGGUGCAGUGUUCCUGAAAGGUGGCCAUCGACGGGCGGCGCCCGUGAAGGCAUACGUCGCCAUAUUUGUAUGCUUCACCACCCGUGCCGUACACAUCGAGCUGGUGUCAAACCUGACAACGGAAGCGUUUCUAGCAGCAUUGCGACGGUUUGUGUCUCGUCGUGGGUUGCCAUUGGAGUUUCACUCGGAAAACGCGACGAACUUCAAGGGAGCAGCAAACAAGCUGAACGAGUUGUACAAGCUGUUGCGUACAACUGAACACCAGCAGAGCAUUCAGACUUGGACACUAGAACGGAAGAUUUCAUGGAAGUUCAUCCCCCCGAGAGCUCCUCACUUCGGAGGACUGUGGGAAGCCGCCGUCAAAACCAUGAAAUAUCACCUAGUACGCGUUUUAGGAACGACAACACUUUCGUUUGAGGACAUGUCUACGCUGCUGGACGAGAUAGAAUGCUGUGUCAACUCCCGGCCUAUAACAUCGAUGUCAGACGAUCCACACGAUAUGACAGCCUUCACUCCUGGACAUUUCCUGGUUGGAACGAACCUACAGCUCAUUCCGGACCACUGCUUGCUGUAUGAAGCCGAGAACCGGUUGAACCACUGGCGUCAUGUUCAACAACUUCGCCAGCACUUUUGGAACCGUUGGCAGAAGGAGUAUUUACAACAACUGCAGGCGCGAUCUAAAUGGACAAAGGAUGGUACAACCACAGUAACGCCAGGAACGUUAGUUAUAAUCAAGGAGGAUAAUGUGCCUUCAUCGUGUUGGCCAUUAGCACGCGUAACCGAGGAGCAUCCUGGAAAGGAUGGCAAAGCGCGUGUCUUUACAUUGCGUACAAAAUUUUCUCAAUCAUAA